AUGGAGACGAAAGAAAGUUCUUGGCUUGGAGUGUUUGUUUUGUUGUUUGAGCAGGAUUGUCAUUAUGUUGGCAAGAUGUUGCAGGUCGUAUCAGUGCUUUGGAGUGCAGUGCAGAUUGUUUUUGUUUGUAGAGGUUUGUGCGCAGUGUACGAUUUUGAUGGGGAUGGACAUGGUUUUUUUCUUUAUUUUUGUAUCCUUGGAAUGUAA